AUGAUAUCAUUUUAUUUUUUAAAGAAGCAAAUUAUUUUUUAUUUUUUCAUAUGAUUUGUGUACUUUAAAACUUCCGAACCUCAGUUCUGGAGCUCACAUCAAUGGAUACCCCAGAAUGCAGGAGGCGUUAGGCGACUUCAAUGGGGAUUCAAUCGAGUUCGCAGACAGCUCUGUCUCCUAUAUUCACGUAACGAUGUCAAUGCUUCCACUUCUAUGAAUUUUUUCUCUUUGUUUCUAUGGCAUGUUUCUCUGCUCUCGGUUCUUCUCUAUGCCCCUCUCUUCCUCUGUCAAAUCGAAUUAAAAUUCGAACCUUCAGACAAUCUUUUCACUUGAAGCACUCAAUUUCUUGCCAUUUUGACAAAUCAAAUCCUCACGAUGAUGAUGAAGAGAAGAAGAGUCGACUCAAUUUGCUUGAACUCUCUGUAACUCUCACUGUUAUCUCAGCUUCUCUGUCACAACCUUCUUUAGCAGCUAGAGUGUCCGAAAGGAAGCGAGCGGCCAAAAAACCCGAAGCUUUAACGCCGGAAGAAUUGAAAUCAUGGACCCAGGGGCUCCCUGUGGUUGCCGACCGUAUUUCUUACACGGAAUUGUUGAAUUUGAAGCAAGAAGGAAAACUUAAGCACAUAAUUAAGCCUCCUAGGGCUGCAUUGAAGCAACGCCCGGAAGUAAUUAUAGUGGUUUUGGAUGAUUCUAGGGCAUUGAGGGCAGUUUUGCCGUCCGUUGAGAGGGAUAAAAAGUUUUGGGAAUCAUGGGAUGAGUUGAAAGUUGAUUCUAUGUGUGUUAAUGCGUACAGUCCACCAGUUAAGAGACCAGAGAUUCCCUCACCUUAUUUAGGGUUUUUGCCAAAAAUGUUGAAUUUUGCCGUUUCAUUUAUUAAGCCAAAGCCACAGUCGAAGAGGGCAUUGGAGUUGAAAAGGGCGAGGGAGGAAUUGAAGAGGACGAGGAAGGAAGAGUUAACAAAAAUGAGGCAGGAGAGGGAGAAAAUGGAGAAGGCACUUAGACAGCAGAAAAGGAUGGAAGACAAGAGGAGGAAGAGGGAGGAAAGGAAGAUGAAGUAUGAGGAGUCAUUGCGUGAGGCAAGGAAGAAUUACCAGCAUAUGGCAAACGUGUGGGCAGACUUGGCCAAUGAUUCAAACGUGGCCACAGUGCUUGGGCUCAUCUUUUUCUUUAUAUUUUAUAGGACGGUUGUUUAUAGCUACCGGAGGCAGAAGAAAGAUUAUGAGGAUAGGUUGAAGAUUGAGAAAGCAGAUGCAGAGGAGAGGAAAAAAAUGAGAGAGCUAGAGAGGGAGUUGGCAGGGAUUGAAGGUGCAGAUGAUGAGAAUGAGGUAGAAGGAGGCGAGCAGAAUCCGUAUUUGAAGGUAGCUAAGCAGUUUAUGAAGUCAGGAGCUCGCGUUCGUCGGGCAAGCAGUAGAAGACUUCCUCAGUACUUGGAGAGAGAUGUGGAUGUGAAGUUUUCUGAUGUUGCUGGGCUUGGGAAAAUACGACUUGAGCUUGAGGAGAUUGUGAAGUUUUUCACACAUGGGGAAAUGUAUCGUCGAAGAGGAGUGAAAAUACCAGGUGGCAUACUGCUUUGCGGUCCGCCUGGGGUGGGGAAGACAUUACUGGCAAAGGCAGUGGCUGGUGAGGCAGGCGUGAACUUCUUCUCCAUUUCUGCUUCCCAGUUUGUAGAAAUUUAUGUUGGGGUUGGUGCUUCUCGUGUCCGAGCACUCUAUCAAGAAGCAAAGGAUAUGGCUCCAUCUGUCGUCUUCAUUGAUGAGCUGGAUGCUGUUGGAAGGGAGCGUGGUUUGAUAAAGGGCUCUGGUGGACAAGAACGUGAUGCUACUCUUAAUCAGUUGCUUGUAUGCUUGGAUGGGUUUGAAGGAAAAGGAAAUGUGAUCACUAUUGCUUCCACAAAUAGACCGGACAUCCUAGAUCCUGCACUUGUCAGACCAGGACGGUUUGAUCGAAAGAUUUAUAUCCCUAAACCCGGUCUUAUUGGUCGCAUUGAAAUACUGCAGGUUCAUGCUCGUAAGAAGCCUAUGGCUGAAGAUGUCGACUACAUUGCUGUUGCUAGCAUGACUGAUGGAAUGGUUGGUGCAGAGCUAGCCAAUAUAAUUGAGGUUGCUGCUAUUAAUAUGAUGCGUGAUGGAAGGACAGAGAUUACAACUGAUGACUUGUUACAAGCAGUACAAAUAGAAGAAAGAGGAAUACUUGAUAAAAAGGAGAGGAGUCCUGAAAUUUGGAAGCAAGUAGCUAUGAAUGAAGCUGCAAUGGCUAUAGUAGCUGCUAAUUUCCCUGAUCUUAGAAACAUUGAGUUUGUCACAAUAUCACCUCGAGCUGGCAGGGAAUUGGGUUAUGUUCGGAUGAAAAUGGAUCACAUCAAAUUCAAAGAAGGAAUGCUUAGUCGCCAAUCCCUUCUGGAUCAUAUCACUGUCCAGUUAGCACCACGUGCAGCUGAUGAGAUUUGGCAUGGUGAGGGUCAGUUAAGCACAAUAUGGGCAGAAACUGCAGAUAAUGCUAGAUCGGCAGCACGAACCUUUGUUCUUGGUGGGCUUUCUGAGAAAUAUCAUGGAUUAUCUGACUUCUGGGUUGCUGAUCGAAUUGAUGAAAUUGAUUUGGAAGCAUGUCGGAUUAUAGAGAUGUGUUAUGAACAUGCAAAAGAGAUCCUGCAGCAAAACCGAAGGCUCAUGGAUGCGGUGGUUGAUGAACUUGUUCGAAAGAAAAGUCUGACCAAACAAGACUUCUUUCAACUAGUAGAGGUUUAUGGCUCCCUCAAGCCAAGUCCUCCUAGCAUACUUGAUAUCAGGGCUGCCAAGCGUAAACAGUUCCAAGAAUUAAUGAACCGGAAGGUAGCCACACUAGGGAGCAGUGUAUGAGCAAUUUGCCCAGAGAAGCUUCUGUCAGGGGGUGCACUUUGACAUAGGUGCAUGGCGCAAGGCACAGCAACUUAGAGAUUGACAUCUUGAUGAAAUUGGGACCACUAGAUGCGAGUAUCAGUCGGAAAUUUGCAAAAACUACUUACCCUUGAGCUUAUUGCUUGUUUAGAAACUAGUUUUCAUGGACCAAUGAUAUUUGUUUCAUAUGUUUUUGGAUAAUUCUGCCCACCCAACUCUCCAUUUUGGGAUUUUGGUAGGCACAAUGGUUUUGGUGUUUUCACUGUUUCUGGGGGGAAGGAGGGGCCUAACAAUGAAAACAAUGCUGUUUUAAAGUACUUUCUGCACCUCUGAAAGUUUAGUGUUGUCAUAUGAGGAAUUAGUUCUAACUUUUGCCCUUCCUUUCCAGGUUGAGCGUAUCCCAUUUUGUCACUGACCUGCACACAUCUCAUAGCCAACUCUGAAGAAUGCAUGAGCAGUUCCCAGAUUCCUUGCCAAGAAACAAAGGCGUGGUGUUCGAUAAAUCUUGACCCAAGCUCUUGAGAUGGGCAUCAUUAGCCUUAAAAGAAGGCUAACCUUGUACUAGUUAGGGUUGUAUCCAAAUAAUUGUAUUCUCCUGAGUUAAAUUUUGUAUCCCUCAUGUUUUUGUUGGUGCCAAUCUUGUUUCAUCUUGGACAAGCCAGGUGCCCUAGCAUAUUGGGCAAUUGCUGAGAUUUUGUAAUUUUGAUUUUCCAGUUUCAACUGCAUAGGCAUUUUCCACUCUCUUGCCGGAAUGCUGCACUCAGUGCACAAGGUGUCAGCCCUCCCCCCAUUUCUGAAUCUAAUGACAGUCAUUAUUUACCUCU